AUGGGGGAUCCCGCGCCUGAGUCCAUCAGCAUCGACAAGAUCCAUCAAAUUGGGACGGAACCCUUUCUGCAAGUUGAAGCCACCACUGCGAAGAACCGCUCUGUUCGCAUCGAGGGUCCGCCAAAGCGGUUGAUCAUCUGCUGUGAUGGAUCAUGGCAGUCAUCCAACCAUGGGCAGAUGAACGUCCCGUCUAAUGUCGCAAGGCUCAGUCGUGCCAUCGCUCGCUGCGGACUUGCUGAUGAUAAGGGAGAUGCCGUCCACCAGAUUGUCUACUAUAACGCAGGCGUAGGCACUGGCACGAGCAAGAAGGACGACCAGAACUGGUUGGCCAACACGAUGGCUGGGAUCCAGAAGACUUGGGAGGGCGCGUUCGGUCGCGGACUGGAGGAAAAUGUCUGCGAAGGAUACAACUUCUUGGUCAACAAUUGGACCCCGGGAGAUGAGAUCUACAUCUUCGGUUUUUCCCGGGGUGCGUACACAGCCCGAGCCUUGGCAGGCCUGGUUUGCAAUAUGGGUAUCUGCAUGCCGGACAUGAUGGAUGACUGGUGGGCUAUGUACGAUGAUUACAAGAAAAGGUUGAAUAGGCAGAACAGCUUUGCCCUUGUCUGCAGCAACAAGCUCUCUGGCACGUGGAUAGACACGUGGAGUGGGGGCUCGAAAGGUGCUACCGCGGGAUUGAAGUAUGAGGAUCGGUUUUACAAGAAUGUCCCGAUUGAGGUGGUUGGUGUUUUCGAUACUGUCGGCGCUCUAGGCUUGCCCAACAAUACUUGGUAUGAUUUUACAAACUAUAACAGUAAUGAGCACGGCUUUCAUGACACAGACGUGCACCCACAGAUUAAGCACGCCUUUCACGCUCUGGCGCUGGAUGAUCAUCGAGCACCGUUCAGUCCCACACUUUGGCACCUUCCGACCCGCAACACCACGACCAAACUGAUUCAGUGCUGGUUCCCGGGAUGUCACAUUCACAUCGGAGGAGGUAGCGAGGAGACGGCGCAGCAUAUGGGAGAUCUGGAAUCGAUGGCGAGCUUGUCACUGGCGUGGAUGAUUGACCGGGUUCGAGAGCACACGAACCUUCAAUUCGAGUCUUACGAGUUAACGCGUCUCUAUCAAACAUACAUCAACACCGUCCUCGACCUAUCGCAGCGCUCUUUCAAGAGAUGGGACAAGGCACACGGCUACAGCUAUGCUAAGGGUGACGGCAAGAACUACGACGACGAAGCUGACCCCGACAAUCGUACUGGCUAUGGUGGCUGGGGUAUGGGAUUCCGACCCGACAGUAUGACCUUCGGUAUGAGCUUCGCAGGCACCAUCAAUCGCACCCCUGGCCAGUACAAACCGCUCAAGAAGAAUGACAAGAACGAGUUGGUUGCUCUGAAUCCGAAUCUCUAUUCUACCGAAGAAUAUAUUCAUCCCGUGGUUGCAUAUGCCUUGGGCAAACCGUACCGGGAGGCCAACCAAGGACCGGUGCUACGCUAUCAGCCGGAAGCACUAAAGAAUUUUACCCGCGUGAAAGACCCCAAAGACCCAACCACCGGUAAAAUCCAAGAAGGGAUCUUCUGGAGAGGAGUCUUCCCACCUAAAGAGAAAGGUUACCUGAAGACCAGAUGGGACUCCAUAUGGGGCGGAUCUCAGCCGCCUGCUGAACCGGAAGUCUUGCUCAUCCCCGAGAUGCCGCUGUGGGAAGAUACAUAUAGUAAUCUGCUGAACGAAAGAGACUACAUGCGGGCCGACUGGCUGGCGUUCUUGGCUCCAAGAUUGUGGUUCCCCGAGCCGACUAUAGAUCACAUCGGCAAAUACCUGAAGGAGCACAAGGAAACCAAGACUUUGGUAGAAAGUUUGACAGAGCGCGAGACGGAUCUACUCUAUCACCUAGCAGUCAAGGCCCAGUCGCAGCUCACUAGUGUCUGGCAGAUGAGAUCCGUAGCCUUUAAGCUGAGGCAGAAGAUACCGUCGAAGGGAAAUGAGGAGAAUGUAAAGUUGAUGCUCGACACGGGUGCUCGCACCAGGAAGUUCUUGGCCCUGCUGGACCGAGGCGAGUUAUAUCCUGAAGAGGAGGCAUGA